AUGAUAUCAUACCUAAUUCGUCAAAACAACCACAUAAUUUUCAUGUCGCAAUUUGAAGCUGAAAUUAUAGUCUCGAGAUUCAUGAGAAGAGAUAGAGAGAGAAUGAAUUAUAGUGGAAUCUCUACAGAUGUACCAUUUUUGAAUAACUUGACAUCAGAUAAUGUUCAGAUUGUAGGAAAGGUUUGUACUACAAAGUCGUUGCCUGUGCAAGGUGCGGUGGAAGAUCUAUCAGAGUUGGUCGAGUACUUGGACAAGAAUGAGCUGCCUUUGAAUAGAGACCAACAGUUCAAGAGAGGAACUGUUACAAAGGAUGCACGACUCGACCUCUGCAAACAGGGUGUUGGUGUGGAGGGUGCACGAUUGGUGCGUCAACAUUUGGCCAAGAACACAACUAUCAUGCAUUUGUUGAUGGGAGAUGACUCGUUGGGCGUCGAAGGUGCUAAAGAGGUUGGACAUAUCAUCAAGGAGAACCAAUCAAUCAAGACCAUCUACUUGGGAUGCAACAAUAUUGCCGAAGAGGGUACUAAGCAUUUGGUCGAUGCUAUCCUUGAAAAGAACAAUAUCAACGCGUUGUGGAUCAAGCGUAAUCAUAUCAACGAGGGUGGUGCUGCACAUAUUGGUCGUCUCAUGUCAACCAAUAACAGUAUCCAGAUUUUAGAUCUAAUCAGUAAUGAUCUACAGGCGUCUGCUAUCAACACGGUCACAGCUGCCAUUCGAUCCAACCCUCUCAACUGUCUGACGACACUGAUGCUCGACAGCAACCAUUUUGGCGCACAGGGUGCACAGUAUAUUGCCGACAAUAUCCUCACCAGUGAGACUAGUCACGCCCGUCUCUUGUUCCUCAGUCUCUCCAACUGCAACCUGUUGGAUGAAGGGUGUCGUAUCAUAUGCGAGGCGUUCAAUCGCCAGUCGACCAUCAUCGACCUCGACAUGAGCAGCAAUCGUCUGACCCCCAAAUCGGCCACCUACAUUGGUGACAUGUUGGCAGCCAACAAAACGCUCCAAGGCAUCGAUAUUGGCCACUCUGGAGCGACCGUUGUCGUCGGCGGUGAAUACAACACGUUUGGUGCGGAUGGUGUCGUGUACAUCAUCGAGAGUGUUGGUAACUCGCAACAUCCAACUCUUCGAUCGAUGGACAUUACAUUUUCAGCAAGAGAGUUGACCACCGAGCAAAAGGAACGAGCCCUCCGAAUCAUCCAAAACAAACAAUUCCCAAUCUCUCGUAUCGAAGGUAUCAUCCGAAUGGUUGGUACACACAAUAUCCAAUUUCAAAAGGCACUUCAAGAAAAGAACAAAUAUGUCAAGAUGAGAAUCCAAGCUAGUGGAUCUAGUUCCAAAACAAAAUCCAACAACAAAAGUGAAGAUAGAGAAGCUUUUACAGCUGAUUUCGUUAAACCAAUCAUCAGCGUUUACCGUGCAGUUAAAGACACCAAAAAGGCACAUACUCCAAAACUAUUAGAGAAAAAAGAAAAGAUUAAACAUUCAAUUGAAAAGAAUGAUGAAAAAGAAUUAUCACAUAUAUUUGUUGAUCAACAAUCAACAACAAAUCAAUUUUCAUUUACUUUUUAG